GAAGAGGAAAACACGUAAGAAAGAGAGAAAGGGUUUAGCAAAUAAUUGGAAAAGGAAUUGAAGCCGCCGUGUUUAGUUUUGCCUCAACGUUUCUCUUUUCCCUUUUCCUCUCUCUCCUUCUCCCCCUCUUUUUAAGCCUUUUCGUAAAUUCCAUGGCCAAAUCCGCCGCCCAAUUAACCUAUCCACCGCCCUCCCCUUCACUCCGCCGCACAACCUUCCUUCCCUCCUCCCCCAUGCCUCCCCCAAACGCAGACGUUUCUCCUCCACCACCGCCAUCUCCGAUUAACUUAGCUCUCCUCUCCUUCAAAUCCUCUUCUCAAUCCUACACCUCGCUCAAGGACAUCCUUCCCUCUGCCUCCGCCGCCGCCGUCAACUCUCCCACCGCAGCUUCCCCCGCUAACUCCCCCUACGAAAUCUCCAUCCGCAAUCGCCUCGUUAAGCAGGCCGCUUGGGCUUAUCUCCAGCCUAUGUCCGCUUCUUCCUAUUCCGCCGGCCCCAAUUUCUUCCACCGUUUCUGCCUCCGUUUCUCUACUGGAAAUCCGAUCUACAGUUGUUUUGGAUUCAUCACAAGCAGUAUCAUUCCGGCUAUAAUCCGUGCUUUUCGGUUCUGCAUUUGCUUGUGACGCCGUCGUUUCCUCGGAUUUUGGACUCGCGUAUUGACGACGACGACGACGACUUUCUCAGCCUCUGUAAUUGACCUAGAUCGAUUUUGAUUCCGCUGUAUAAAUCUCUUAUCAUUCCCAAUUUCAUACACAAGUUUGCAAUUCAAUCCCUAAGGAGAAAUGAUUUUCCAAAUACCAUUCAAAUAGAAACACAGAUUCAAUUUCAACAUUCGAAUAAUUUCUCAUCAACAAUAUUUCCAUUUCGAUUUCAAUUUCAGUUUCCCUCUGGAUUCCAUCGAUUUUCAUUUUUCUUUUGUACAGCCUUUUUCUCACAAUUACAAACCUCUCUAUGAUUGUGGUUUAAUUCGCCUUAAUCGAGCUCGACCCGAUGGAGGAUAAGGAGAUGCAGGUUUAUCUUCUUCAUUAACGGAACUCUCUGUUUCGCCGAAGUCCGGAGAUUGACCAUCGUCUACUUCCUCCAUCUCCGAAUUUGUUCUUGGAGAUUCGUUCAUCUGAUCGGCGACUCGAGCGGAAAACGACGGCAAUUUUUUCGGUGGCAGUGGCGAUACCGUCGGCGGUUGGGGUUGCUGAUCGAUUCUCUGUAAUUAGAAAAAAAAUUGAAGAAUUAGUGAUGGGAAAUAGCUAUGAAUGCCAUUAAUGGCAAUGAUACUGAAACGAGUGAAGCUUUCUCAAUAACGAUGAAUUGUAAAUUGUGUUUAAUCUGAACGCUUUACAUAUUGUAUUAAAUAAUUAAAUUGUAAUUCGACUACAAAAAUUAACCA